AUGAGAGGCGAAGACGAGUCCUCCUCUGAGGACUCUGAGGACGAGCGCAAGAAGGCGCACCACAAGGAGAAGCACAAAAAGAGAAAACGCAGCGCCGUGAGCAGCAGCGACAACGCGAGCAGCAGCGACGGCAGACAGUCUAGCAGUUCAGAGGAUAGCAGCUCCUCCUCCAGCGAAGACGAACGAGCUGCAAAGCGCCGCAAGAAGGAGAAGAAGGAGAAGAAGCGCAGAAAGAAGGAGAGGAAGUGCCGGAAGAAGGAGAGGAAGAAAAGUGCAAAGGAGAAAGAAAAGAAGGCCAAGAAGGAAAAAGACUUCUACAGCUCGGGAAGCGUCACGAAUCAGUACGGGAAGUAUGGCCUGUUGCAGGAGAGCGACAUGUGGACUAAGCGAGCCGAGUUUUCGUUGUGGUUGUUGGAAGUCAAAGAGCGAAGCCUGGAGGAACUCUCCGGAUGGGAGGAACGCGAGCUUUUCAAAGACUACAUGGAGGACUACAACACGGCGACGCUGCCGAGCAAGAAGUACUACAACUUGGAGAUUUUCGAGGCCAAACAGCGGAUGAAGAAGACGAAUCUUCAAGAGACGCGCGAGCUCACGGACUUUGACGACGAAGCACGGCGAAAGCGAGAAAUCAAGAGUAUGAUUGACCAGCGGCGCGUCCUGGAGGCGCAGGCGCAGCUGCGGUCGAUGCGCGAAGACCGCGAGAAGGUCGACGACAUGCGGCAGCAGAAGCUUCUGAAGUCCAAGAUAGAGACUCUGUAUCGCAUGGGGGAGAACGCCGAGGCGAAGAAGCUCGCCGAGCUCCUGGAGCCUGACAAAUGA